AUGGAGCAGCAGUUAUUGGGCUACGAGAAUACGAUGUACAAAUUGGAUCAGGCUGAGCACAUUGUUGGCAGGCUUGAUCGAGUGAUUAGGUCAUAUCUCAGACAAGCCGGGUUUGAGUAUCUGGCCUAUAUAGUUGAGUUUGAGCACGACUGGCCACUUGCCUCGGCGCUGAUAGAGAGGUGGAAGCCUGAGUCCCACACGUUUAAUCUACCAUGCGAGGAGAUGACUAUCACCCUGCAGGACAUGGCCUAUCAGCUGGGACUCAGGAUCGACGGUGAACCUACAGUCACAGACCAAGUGGAUUGUGAAGCUCACUUGGUUCCACAACACGAUUUGCAGAGAACUGGAGCAGGACGCCACAGAGGAGUGCUUGUUGAGGUACAUGAGAGGGUACAUCAUGCAGUUGAUAGGGGGUAUCCUAUUCCAUAUGCAUCUGACUAUCGGGUGCACAUCAGGUGGCUCCCCUUACUAAAGGACCUCGAGACGUGUGGCGGGUUAUCGUGGGGCUCGACUGUGCUGGCAUGGCUGUACCGCCAGAUGUGCCGUGCCACAGAGCAUGGUCAGCGCAAUAUGGGUGGGUGCGUCAGCUUGCUACUGUCUUGGGCCUAUCAUCAUAUUAUGCUAUUACGGCCCGAUGGCUUUGAUACUCGUCAGUUUUCCCUGGUCGAAAUGUGGGUUCAGUACCGGCCGGACAAUGCCAAAGGCGAGAGCAGGCUUAGGCAUUACAGACAUACCCUGAACGGGAUUGGAUUGGGAUGCUGA